AUACAAGAACCCAUUGAUUGAUUCGUGUUGCGUACUACAAACUAACAGACAUCAUCAAAUAAGCAAAGAUAUCAAAAGCAACGAAGAAGAGCAAGAGGAUGCCAGCGUCAGCGUCCGGGAAGAUCAUGCCUGACGCGUCAGGAAGUAAGACCACGCCAGGGUCAGGACCCACAGGGUCCUCGGGAUUAUUUUGCUACCGUGUUGCGCGUGCAGAGGAUGAGGCGAGUGCGCUGCGAUUGUGGGAUGAGUGCCACCACGUCUUCUUCAUGGUCAAUGAGACGACAAGGACACUCCGCAAAUCACCUUUGGUCUGGUUCUUCUUCCUUGUUUGUGUACUGAAAAAGCAACUUGUGGUGGUGACGCCUGAUCACGAGCGCGGUCCUGGAGAUUCCGCUCAUCUCGCAGGAGACGGAGACUUAUCGAUUAUCUAUAACAGCUUGAUAUCGCUUCUGCCUGGUGGUUGUACGACUUUACUCCGACCGUCUGCGGAUGCUUUUGUCAGCGUGAUAAAUAAUGCAGCCGGCAUUACAGGUCGCACGGCCUACCACGCUGUUGCUGCGGCUUUCUCCUUUCUAGGCCAAAACCUCACCAUCUUCACCGUUUUUGACCUGGAGCUUCUCGCUUUGUACCUUUUCCCCGCUUCAUCGCUUCUGCAUACAAAUUCUAGCCCAGGUACUACUAGAUUGUCAACCUUUCUUUCCGCUGUUGUGCCAGUUUUAAAGCAAGUCGCCGCGUCCGCGUUUCUGGUAGUGCGCAAUGUGCUUUUGUUUGUGGUCAGCCAACACGUGUUGCACUUGCUAGCAGCGACGUUGCUCUACAGACUUGUAUUCCGACCAAGGCUUCAGCAAGCGUUUAGACAAAUGGACAAACAGAGCGUAGAAGAAGUACUUCCAGCAGAUCGCGGAGACAAGCAUGUUGAGAAGAAGACGGAGAUGGGAGAAGUUCCGAAACAGAACAAGAACAGCAACAUAGAAGAAGUGCAGCAGACCAACAGAGGAGAACAAGAACUGCCAGUGAAGCAAUGCAAAACGGUGAGAAUCGUACUUUGCGAACGGCUAAAUGACGAUGGUACUUCCUCUCGAGUUCUCGUCGGUCUUCUCAGAGCAGAAGAAGAAAGUGCUGAGUCAUCGUCUAUUUCUAUUGGCCGUGACAUUUUUCCGAGUCGUGGCCCUCGAAACGUCGAAGGUGCGCUCCUUCCAGAUGAAGUACAUCAUGGGCAUCAACUAUUUAAUAGUUCUAAUAAAACAAAAACACGUAGUAGUGCACCUACAAGAACUUCUUCUACAACCAGUGCUUGUCCAAGUCCGAAGUUGUGGUGGUCACUUUGGGAUUGCGUAGUGGACCCCAAGCUUAGGGGUAGGCAUCUAGUAGCACCAGCGCUGGUGAGCUGUAUGGAGAAGCAGGCUCGAGCAGCUGGUGUCGCGCGUUUCACCUGUACUGUGCUCUCCACGUCUGUCAAGAAAAUGUGUCUCAGAUUAUGGCUCCUUCCUUGAUAUAGUUGUAAGUCAAGUUUUUCUACGAAGUACUGCAAGAGAACACAUUUGUUUUAUUUCUUAGUGUGCAAUAAUCAUACUUGAUGGUUUUUGUAUAUAAAUAUCUCCACUGAGUAUCUACACCAUAGCAUCACCGACUAUACCGGUGAGUUUUUCCCUUGUAGUAGACCUUAGACUUCCCUUCGUGAGUGUAUACCAUAGCUUUUGUCUCGUCUAAUACCAUCCGGCUUUCGUCGCAAGCCGAACUUUCUGGUCGAUUUGUUGUUUUUUCCCUUUACCGUAACCGGGUCGGCGAUGUCGUGGAGCGGAAGCGGAGAGAAGCACGCUCACUCUGGAGCUCAAGGACGUGCAGAAGGACCUGCAUCAAUUGCUGGGGAUGUUGGUCAUUCUCUAGUCCCCUGGGAUAUGUGGAAACCUUUGUAGGUUCGGAGGAGGUUCUUUGAGGGUCAGAGAAGGCGGAGAAAAGCGAAUUCAGAGCAGGUAUUAUAAAGAAGCCAGGACUUUUUCAUCUGCGCAGAUGACAUCAGGAAAAACAAAAAUUGCAAGAUAAAAGAAUCAGAAUGAGGGAAUCAACAAUAGACCACUGCUAUCAAGAGCACAGAAUAUGGACAUGAAUAGACGAUAAAUUCAAAAAGGAAUCACUUCAUCACAUCAGUACUAUUACCAGCCGUUCUUGUCCUCACUACCUUGCGCCACAGAAAGAUGAUGAGAAAUUUUUGUCGCUCACUCAUUCACUCACCUCACCAAGCAUGACGAAUAACUCAGGCAAAUGCGUGUCAGCCUUUGACAUUUUUUUAUAUGAGAGCGUUCGACUAG